AGUGGCAGCACUGUCGCUGCCGUAGCAACAGCUGUUUUGUUGCGACGUUGCCAUUGCGUUUUUGUUGAGAAGAGCGUGCACGCCGGAAUAUUAAAGGAAUUCCGACUAUUGUUUUAAUCAGCAAAAUGCAGUUGCUUAACCAAUUCAGAACUCCAUCUGACGAGGAUGAAAUUGACGAUAAUGAGGAUGAAAUUAUUGGUGUCAUAGCCGAAAUCGAACAGGAAGCGCUAAAUGAAGAAGAAAGUGAUGAGGAGGUAAACGAGGGCGCUGCAGAGCUAGUCAAUUCUUCCGACGGCAACAUCAGCAGUGAUGAUAGCUUCGAUCCCAAUGCAGAAGAUUCCGAUUCAGAUGAUUCUAUGGCAGCCACGAGCAGCCCACCUAAGCAGCGCAAAGAACAGACAAAUGAUAACGACGGACCUGGUACUAGCAAGGCAACUGCCUGGGAUCUGGACGAAAGUGAGGAAACAGACGAGACUGUGCGGGCCAUAAUAGCGGCUAUUAAGAAACCACGCAGCUCGCCACCAGAAAUAAAGCUGGACGAUUUCAUCACGGACAUCUGUUUCCAUCCGGAACGUGACAUCAUUGCUUUGGCCACUAUUAUUGGUGAUGUGCAUCUCUACAAGUAUGGAAACAAAGAGAACAAACUGCUGCGCACCAUCGAGGUGCAUGCUAAGGCUUGCCGCGAUGUGGAAUUCACCGAAGAUGGCCGCAAUUUAAUCACCUGUUCGAAGGACAAGUGCGUUAUGGUCACCGACAUGGAGACAGAAAAGUUGAAAAAACUAUAUGAGACUGCUCACGAUGAUGCCAUCAACAAGCUGCACGUGCUGGACGAGCGUCUAUUUGCGACCGGUGACGAUUCGGGCACCGUCAAGCUUUGGGAUCUGCGCACCAAGGAUUCCAUAUUCGAGUUAAAACAAGUGGAAGAUCAAAUUACACAAAUGCUAACCAAUGAACAGAAGAAAUUGUUACUAGUGAGCAGUGCCGAUGGCUAUCUAACGACUUUCAACAUAAGCGCACGUAAAAUGUAUGUGCAAUCGGAGCCAUAUGAGGAGGAGUUGAACUGCAUGGGCAUCUAUCGAGGCAAUUCAAAGCUUGUGGUGGGCACAUCAAAGGGUCGACUGUACACCUACAACUGGGGCUCCUUUGGCUACCAUUGCGACAUGUAUCCGGGCAUCAAGAAUCCUAUAAGUUUAAUGGUGCCCAUUACCGAUCGCAUUGGUUGUGUGGCUGGCGAGGAUGGCACAAUAAAUGCUUGCCACAUUGCUCCCUAUCGCAAUCUAGGAGUUGUGGGGCAACACAAUAUGCCCAUCGAGGCUCUAGACAUCAAUACAAAUGGCGAGCUACUAGCCUCGUCCUCACACAACAACGACGUGCGCUUCUGGAAUGUUAAAUACUUCGAAGAUUUUGGCGACAUCAAAUACAAUGAGAAACACAACACCUAUAAGGAGAAACACCACAAUUUGCCCUCUUCAAAGUGCACAAAUGCUUCAGACUUCUUUGCCGAGCUGGCCAAAGAUCCCAACGAUGAGGAUGAUGCCGGUGGGAGUACCGAUGCAGCUGGUCCCAGUAAUAUGGCCUAGAACUCAAUUAUUGUACAUAUUUUUUAAACUACUCAGUCAUAUAUAAUAGCAUGCAAAAUGUUUUAUCUAAGAGUAUGACAAAUAUGUGCUACUAAUAUUUGUUAAGGUUAGACAAGUAAAUAAUUGUCCUAAUAUUUGCCCAUUUAAAAUAAUACUUAUGGCCUUAUCACACUACACUAAACACUAGACUAGAAAUUUCAUUUCGAAUUAGACAGCAGUGUUGUUAUCUAGGUAUUGAGUCUAGUGUAAUAAUGCCAUUAACCACUUAAGUACCUAUGAGUAUGUCAAGUAAUUAAGUUUUUACAUCUGGAAAGCAUUAGCUUUACAUAUUCUUAUGACAUAUCUUAGAAAAUUGGCAAAUAGAAGAGAUAGCAUUAUUUGCCUGUUGCCUUAACAUUAGCUUUGUAAUUUGUAUUAUACAAAAAAUGUUUGUAUUUUAUUAUCUGUAGGUUUCGAUCCAAUAGCGAUAAAGCAUUAUUAACCUAGCGUGUAGACUACGAUAUAUUCUUUUGAAUCAAAGGAUGAAAUAAAAUUCUGUGUACAAUAUUUUUAACUGCUGUGAGUAUAACGAAUCGAAAUAAACGAUUUCCCAAACAGG